GCCGGGACUUCAACAAUCGGAGGCGUUGAUGUUGCUCUCUACGCGAUAGCAGACUUCAGUUGCGCAAAACCGUACCCAGCCUGCCUGCUGCCUUACUGGACGGUUAACCAUCUUCCAUGUAAACUGUGGAUAAAAGCAGAAGGAAGAACCAAUUCAUCUGCCUCAAUUUUCGAAGCCUUCGGAUCGGACUUGGAAGAAAGGGACUUGACGGUAACAAGCUACCGGAUACGAGCGAUAUCGAGAUCAACCCAAACCGAGCCCACCCAGCGUAAAAGCACUCGGAAUCCAGGCCUCAAUUGACAACGCCCUGACGCGCGCUUUCGCGAUAAAGAAUCACGGAACCCUCCAUAAAGACGAACCUAGAUACAACGUACCAACUCCAAAAAAUUUGUCACACAAAUCCCCUUCAGCAUGAGCUACUUCGCUAUAAGGCUACACCGUAGCGCCAUCGGGCUGCCGGAGCGGACGCGCGGCGUCCUCGCGGCGCUGGGCCUGCGGCGGCGCGGCAUGACCGUCUUCCACCCGGUCAGUGGGCAGGUGGCCGGUAUGAUCAUGAAGGUCAAGGAGCUAGUGCGCGUCGAGGAGGUCGAGCACGCCAAGACCAAGUUUGAGCUUAAGGCGGAGAGGAAGCCGGAUCCGGGCUUUUACGUCGAGAAGGCCGUUCCGAGGUGAUGUCCACGAAGCAUCAUGAAAGAGCAAGAGAUAAAAACAUAACAUGUCUGGUGGAUAUUAACAGGGGGCAAGAUUCCGAUGAGCACCUGGUAAACCUGGUCAUGUGUUGGGCAGAGAUAUGGCUCGACGAUCGGAUGCGGACGCAAAGACUUGUUUUCGAGUUGUAGCAUAUGUACGAAUAUAUUAAAUUGUGUGCAAAAUUUGUGGGAAUAAAUGCGCAGCUAGCAGGACAUUUGUGCUGCGGACUGUCAUCACUCACUGUAUGUGGUAGUAGUCCCCCAGCUACUUUGUCCUCCCAUAUCUCACUUAGGUAGUAUCCAUUGCAUUUGGCCGUGGCCUCACAACCGUCCAAGUCGGUCGAUCGUACAUCCAAAUGGUUAGACGCCUUGAAAUCUGCCAGAAUAGAAUUAUGAUUUUCAAGAUGGAUACGACUAUUUGAAAACCCCAACCAAACCGGCCUCCGC